AUGAGGCCUGCUGUUAUUCCCACAAAUGAUGCCAAUUCUCUGCAAAUUUAUGCGCUACUUAAUGGUCCGAAAGUUCAAUAUCAGGUGUAUUGCCAUUUUUUAGAUGUUGAAGUCAAAGAAGGUAACCAAAGCAGAGAGAUGAACAUCUUUGCGAAUGAAAGCUCUGAAGACAAAUGGUGGUUAUCAUUGAUUAUAGUAGGAGCAGCUCUACUGGUUCCCCUGUUCUGCUACUUAUGCUGUUAUGAUGGAGAGUACGCAAGGCAAAAGUUUCAAACCAUCGCUGCUGCUACAAACAAUUUCUCUACUACAAAUGUGCUUGGGAAGGGCGGUUUUGGUGCAGUUUACAAGGGGAUAUUACUUGACGGGCAAGAAAUAGCAAUAAAGAGACUCUCAAAAAGUUCUAACCAAGGAGUAGAAGAGUUCCAGAAUGAAGCAAAGCUUAUUGCAAAACUCCAGCAUACUAAUCUUGUUAGACUUUUAGGAUGUUCUCUGCAGGCAGAGGAAAGGAUUUUAAUCUAUGAGUACAUGCCAAAUAAAAGCUUGGAUUUCUUCAUUUUCGAUUCUCAUAGAAAGAAACUGUUAAACUGGAAGACACGAUUCAACAUAAUUGAAGGAAUAGCUCAAGGACUUAUUUAUCUACACAAAUACUCAAGAUUAAGAGUAAUUCACAGAGACUUGAAAGCUAGCAACAUUUUAUUAGAUGAUCAAAUGAAUCCAAAAAUAUCUGAUUUUGGUAUGGCCAGAAUCUUUGGGGUGAAUGAAUCUAUAGCAAAUACAAAUAGAAUUGUUGGGACAUAUGGCUAUAUGUCUCCGGAGUAUGCCAUGAAUGGCAUUGUGUCAAUUAAAACUGAUGUAUAUAGUUUUGGAGUUUUAGUACUGGAAAUUGUGAGUGGCAAGAAGAACAGUGGCUGCUAUCACACAGAACAUCCACUCAAUCUUGUAGGAUAUGCAUGGCAGCUGUGGAAUGAAGGUAAAGGCUUGGAGCUGAUGGAUCCAACAAUGGAUGAAUCUUGCUCUCCUGAUGAAGCACUUAGAUGCCUACAUGUGGGUCUCCUGUGCGUACAAGACCAAGCAAUUGAAAGACCCACAAUGCCCAAAGUUAUUUCCAUGCUCACAAAUGAAGCAAUCCCUCUACCUGCACCAAAGCAACCAGCAUUUUAUAUCAAUGACACUACUGAAGAGUCAUAAAAUCCUGGAAAAAAGGUAGAAGAUUGUUCCAUAAACACUGUAACAGUCUCAGUAAUGGAAGCUAGAUAAACAUACUAGUAAUCUACUUGGUUAUUGAGACCACUACAGUGGGAAAGAGGUAAAAAGAAAAUUGCUUUAAACAAUUUAAUACUCCAUUAAAUUGUGAAAUGGGCAAUCUAAUGUAUAUAAUCUAUUGAGUGAACUAUGUAAAACUCUACUUUUACAGGCUAUAAA